UUACGGUUAGGAAAGAACUUUGACAUUAUCUUAUUUUAGCAAUGAUAGUAUACAACAUAACAUUUAAUCAUACAGGAUGACAGCUUUGGAUGGUGUAAAUUUUUAUAUUUGUUUAACACUUUUGAUAAUGCUGAAGACAGCAAUGUCUGGGUCAGUUGAAGCUAUUAUAAAGAACAUAGAAGCAACUGUUAACUCAACUGCAGAAUUAAGUUGGAGAGUGGAAACUAAUAAGGAUGGAGAAAGGGUAUUUGGUGUGGAGUUGUCCGAAGGUGGUGUGGUAUUAGUAGAUGGAAGGUCUGCAACAGUAAAUGACGCUGGUAAAAACAAAUUUGGUGGUCGAUUAUCAGCAAGCUUUUCAAAUAAUGUGUAUAAAAUGUCCAUUAAGAAAAUCCAAUACAAUGAAGCAAAGUCUUUUACAUUAAUAGCUGCAUUCGAAUUGAAGUCAACUCUAGUUCCUGUAAAUGAUACUGCAACAAUCACAAGUGUUAAAGGUGGUCCUGACCAAUGUGGUAUUUCACUAAACUCAAGCUACACUGUACACGAAGGAAAACAAUUAUCACUCUUGAGCGAAAUUUGUGGAAAUCCCAAACCUAUUUUAACUUGGAAAUUGCAAAACGAAUUAGGGUUUUCAUAUUCUAGCGACUUUAUGCUUAUGGAUACAUUCUCAAUGCGAUACAGAUAUGUUUAUAAAACUCGACGUCUCGUGACACGUGAAGAUUGUGGAACAAAGCUAGCUUUCAAUGCCACUGGUGCGAAUGGUACCAUUCAAGGAUACGCAGUACUUGAUGUAACAUUUUCGCCUCGAAAAAUCCGGAAGGUGAUCUUCUACAAAGAAAAUGAUUGUAUAAAUGGUACAUGGACAAGUGAAGGAACUGGCAAUUGUCCGCUGACUUACCAUAUCCAUUUUAAUGAAGAAAAUAAUAUUUUUAAUACAAGCUACACACAUUACGCUGUAUGCAACAUAUCCAAUGUUUCCAGUGUAGUUAUUUGGGCUUCAUAUAGAAACAAAUAUGGCCAGAGAACAAAAGUAAAUAUUAGUUUAACAACUCCAGCACCAUCUACAAAAGUCACCGAUGCUUGCAAACGUCCUAUAUUGUUAAAAGUGAAAAGUUUGGAUACAAAGAAAUUAUUGGUAACAAUAAUUAUAACGCUGGUUAUCACGCAAAUAGCAAAUAUAGGUAUUUAUGCAGUUGUGAAACUCAGAGGCACUGGAUGCAAUUGCAGAAAUAAACAAAGUGUAAAGAAAGAUGACGAAUAUAAAGACGGCCAAGAUUAUGAAGUAUUUCCUGCAACGGAAUCGCAUUAUACAGGCCUUCAAUUGGAAACAAGAAAAGAAACUACUUAUGCCGACUUAACACAAGCAACUGUUAAUGAAUAUUCCGAAAUUAAAACUGAAAAUCGGUUCAAAAUAGUUUAAGAACAUUUGCUUUUUUUCUAUUAAGGUAUGUUUCAGCAAACAUUAUACAGGCUUCAUGCAGCAUAUAAAUUUAGUGGUUUAUUUCUUUAUAGUCCUUUAAGAGUUUAUAAGUUAUAAAUGGUUUUAUUGUUACAGUAUUACAGUACAGAAACGUUUUUACUUUUGAAAAAAUUCGUAUCGUAAUGUGCAUUUUUAAAUGUUCGAUAUAUAACAGGAAAAACCAUCUGGCUUGUUCACACGUUCAGAUCAUUACGGAAUGGCGAAGAAUUGAAAACUAGCUGUUCGUACGCCAAAUUAAAAUACUUUAGAAAGUGUGGGUUGGAGAGAUGCAGAUGUUGGUGCUUUUCUAACUAGAAAGAUAUGUGUCUAGGGGACAUAGAAGUCCUAAAUCUAAAUUUUCUAUAGAGAAGUUAAAAACCUUGAGGUGUAGAAAACUAACUACAUAAUUUGCGAAAAGUAACACGCAAUUGAUAUGACGUUUUCUUCCAAAGUAAAGAAUUCAUGGGGUUACAUCUAGCAACGUAUUUAACCCUAUUCGGUCCGGCGGUGCGGAUUCCGCUCCCCCUGACGGGUUUUUUAAUCACUCCAUAACGCUGUGCUGUAAGGCGAUGAUACUUACUGAGUUUCAGUAUUUAUCUAUUAGGCACCUGCAUGCCAAAUUUUUAGGUCCCCUGCUUUUCAGAGGCUAUUGGCUAUUACUCGAAACUACCCUGAAAAUCUCCAUGAAACCCUUUUAAUGGGGAAAAUAUAAUAAAUCCUGUUAGAAUUAUCCUUAGAACUCGAAACUUACAGCACAACUUUGUUUCAUCAAAACGAAUCAUUUGCUAUGUUUUGGACAGGUGAUUUGCCCGAUUUCCUGUGUUUUUUCAGAUUUUACCUGAAAAUCGGGAAAAACUAGUUUUCCGGGAAAUUUUUGGCAACUUUUUAUGCGAUCUAUAAAAAAACAGGAAAAUGUUUUAAAUAACUUUUAUGUAGCUUUUAGAAACUUCAAACAGAAUGUAAAAACUAACUAAAGUAAUUAAAUUUGAAGCAGAUGGUGGCAUUUCGAACAAAUUUUAAGCUUUUAAUGACGUCACAGAAAAUGUGCUGACGCAAGCAAGAAUUUAUUACCGCCAUUUUGUUCCUUUUGUGACGUACUAUAAGUGUGUCAAGUUUGAUUUGAUUCAAUUUGAACAAGCCUAUGAAAAGUUAACUUUUAAAGUCAAUCCUAAACUGUACAAUCAAAUCAAAUGUUUUUUUUUUACAUAAUGUUCAUUUAAAAUAUUAGCGUGUAUAUUUCAUUUCACAUCGUUCAGCCCAAUUUCGGCAUAUUGAUUAGAAUCAUCAGUCGUUGUUUUCAAAUCAGCAUAUACACUCGGUUUUAUUGCGUGCAAAUUUAUAUCUGUAUAAUUAGAUAUUGUUGUUCCCAUAACUUCAUAUUCUUCAGCAUUUUUGUUUGCCACGUUUUGAUGUUGUUUCUUUGUUUUAAAAUUCAAGAUGACGAAACCUGUAAAAAAAUAAAAAAAAGAGAAAAAAGACGCUCAAUCAUGGAAUUUUCUUUCUGCACCCUAUUAUAGCUGAAUGCUAUAUAUAACCUACUGAGAUCAAGUUCUGCCUUAUUGGUAAUCAAAAGGGUUUGUGUUUGUUGAAUUAACUAACCAAAAAUUGAAGUGACAUUAGAAUUUGGUGAUUUGAUUGUUGUGUUACAAUUCUUGGUUUUCAGAAACAAACAUAACAUUUGUAUUUAAUUCUAUUUGAAAUCCUUCGGUAUCUUUUACACUUGUACUAAGUUUUAUUAGCUACUUUGAAUACGUAAUGUAAAUCAGCAAGUUGGUAAAUAAUAAUUCUAAAUAAUUCCUACCUUUGCGUAGCAAAAUGCCAAAAAAGAUGACAUUUAAUAUCACUGUAAAGACGAAUGACCCGAUAACUAGGAUAACUAUGAGUUUUAUUGUGAGCUUAGAUUCGUCUAAAGUAAAUUAAUUGAUAACAAAACACACUAUACACUCCUUUACAAAUUUUUUAAGGUUUGUUAACCUGAAUAAGUAUGAGCUCAAACCUUUAAUAAAGUUGGUAAAGUUAAUCUAAUUUACUCUUUGAAUGUAUUGCAUUGUAAUUUUUACCUAACGAAUACCAACAGAUUGUUAUAUUUGUGCAUGACAUUUUAAGUGUUUUUUCAAAAUAUGAGUUAGCCUACGCAUUAUUUAAGCGUCGUACCUUAUAAUAAAAUAUACCUGCACUUAUUUCUUUUGUUUCUGGUGCUGGCGUCGCAGGACUAAUUCUAUCGACUGUUAUAUCCCCAAUUUCUCCUUUGUGGGUUGCCCAAAUACCGACGCUGGUGAUAUUCAGUUGAGUGCACAUGGUAAAAUAUGUAUUUGAGGUGAAGAAAAUUUCACUGUUACCAUCGAACUGCAAUUGAUAACUUAGAAUACAAUUUCCCAUUUUUUCUCUUUGCCAGAGAAUCUUAACGCAGCUAGCAUUGUGUCGAGAUAUUGAUUUAAUAAAAACUGCAGGGGGUUUAA